AUGCCUCCUCAUGUUCCGCGCAAACGGCUACGCGAAUCAUCCAAACCUGAAAGGGAGAGCAAAGACCGGCCGCAGGAAACAAACGCAGCAUUCAGGGCAAGCCAACGGAAAGCCACUCUUUUUGACGAUCUCGACGCUGCGGUGACCCCUCUCGGGGAACCAUCGGGCACUGCAGCGCCUUGGUUCGACGAGGAUAGCGAUAGCUCCCUGUCUUCCCUGUCGGACAAACAAUUUGAGGACCCCCCACUCGCUAAAAGACAGAAGAUUGAGGAAUCCGACGACGAAGAUGGAGUCGAGUUCGAGGACGUCACGGCACCGAGCGCACAGUCAACAGCCGUACCCGCAGUCUCUGGCGACCUCGAAUUGACGUUAAUAAAGGAUACGCGGGUAUCACUCACCAACUCUUACGGUGACAAGAAAGGCCCGACGAAGCGUGAGAAACAGGUUCGGCAUGCUACCCACUGUUUGCAUGUCCUGUCACUUCUAUGGCACAAUGCCGUCCGGAACUCGUGGCUAUGCGAUCUGGAAGUCCAAGCGAUGAUGCUUUCUCAUCUUCCGCCAAGGAUGUGGAAGGAGGUUGACCGGUGGAAGCUCAAUUCCGGUCACUCCCAGGUUCACGCCUCCCCGCAACCGGAAGAGGCCGAGCCAACAAAGGGAAAGGGAAAAGGAAGACCCAAAAGGCAACAGAAGCCGACGAGAGAUUCGGGAGAAACAUCACGUCACUGGGGCUCCGCGGCGAAGCGGCUAGAGGAGGGUGUCGUUGACAUGAGCGCUGGCGACCCGCUCUUUCGACUGAUGCAGUCGCUUGUACCUUGGUGGAAGCAGCGCUUCCGUGUCACGACCCCUGGAUUGAGGAAACAGGGAUACAUGACCUUGGAGCGCCUCGAUAGAAUCACAAAAGCCUACGCAUCCGAGUGCGAAGAUUGGUCCAAGUUUGGAGAACGGAUUACGGGCGUCGACGCAUUUCGCCGAUGCGCCGAAAACUGCCAGGGGAGCCGCGACGUUGGAGCCCAACUUUUCGUGUCCCUCCUUCGAGGACUCGGUAUCGAAUCCCGAUUGGUGGCCAAUCUGCAGUGCCUGGGAUUCGGAUGGAGCAAACUGGAGGAUGCGGACGCGGCAAAGGGAGACACCCAAGACUCCGAGUCAACCAAGAUCAAUACGCGCAAGGAGGUCUCGUCGAAGCAAGCGUCGCCGAAGCGAAAGGAGCCGAGGUCUCAAGCUUCAGGUGCGAAAUCCGUUGCGAUGCCAACUAGACGGACCCCCUCCAACGACGGUGAAGAUCACCUCCAACUAGAAUACAUGAACACGGAUGACGACGAGUCUAUUCUGGACGUCGACGAUUUUACCAAAAGAAAACCACGGCCGCAAAGGUUUGACCAGGACCUCGAAUAUCCCCACUACUGGGUGGAGGUGCUAUCUCCCGUAUCGAACAAAUACAUCCCAAUCGAUCCGGUAGUGAAGGGCACAAUCGCCACCAACCGAAGUCUUGUUGAGUCCUUCGAGCCGCGAGGCUCCAAAGCUGACAGAGCGAGACAGGUGACGGCGUAUAUCAUCGGCUAUUCUCAGGACGGCACGGCCAAAGACGUGACCGUCCGAUACUUGAAGCGACAAAUAAUGCCGGGUAGGACAAAGGGCAUGCGUAUGCAGCCGGAGAAGGUUCCGAUCUAUAACCGCCACGGCAAAGUAAAGCGGUACGAGUACUUUGACUGGUUCAAAUCCGCCAUGUCUGGGUAUAGACGAGGUGACAGAAGGCAUCCUGUUACCGAGAUCGACGAGGAUGAGGAUUCCACAGACCUCAAGGCGGCAAAGCCGGAGAGGAAAGAGGUCAAGGAAGGCGAGGAGACCCUUGGCUACUACAAACAGUCGAAAGAGUUUGUGCUUCAAAGACAUUUGAAGCGCGAAGAAGCGCUCAAGCCGGAUGCAGUUCCGGUCAAAGUCUUCAAAAGCAAGGCAAAAGGCGGCAAGGUGGAGGAGGAAGAUGUUUACUCGAGGUCGGACGUGACCAACGUCAAGAGCGCCGAAACCUGGCACAAGCAGGGCAGAGCACCGCUUGCGGGCGAGCAGCCUUUGAAGCGGGUGCCUUAUCGUGCUGCCACCUUGAACCGGAAGAGGGAGAUUCUCGACGCAGAAGCGGCGACGGGAGAGAAGGUGCUGCAAGGCCUGUACAGCUUUGAGCAGACGGACUGGAUUAUUCCGCCGCCGAUCCAGGACGGCAUCAUCCCCAAGAACGAAUACGGGAACAUCGAUUUGUUUGCAGAGCACAUGUGUCCCGACGGAGCGGUGCAUGUCCCAUUUCGAGGCACUGUGCGAGUCUGCAAGCGGCUGCAAAUCGACUAUGCCGAGGCCGUCGUGGACUUUGAGUUUGGUCAUCGCAUGGCCGUACCCGUCAUUCAAGGCGUCGUCAUCGCCAAGGAACACCACGACCGAGUCAUGGAAGAGCUUACCAAAGCCGAAGCCGAGAGGCAGAGAAAGGAGGAUGAGAAGCGACGGACGGCCGUGCUCAAGCAAUGGCGCAAAUUCAUGAUGGGGUUGCGGAUUGUGGAGAGAAUCCGGCAAGACUAUGGCGAAAUCGACGACAGCGUCUCGGUGUUUCCUCACAACAAAGAUGCUAGGACGCAGCCCAAUGCAGCCGCCGAGAUGCACGACGAGGAAAUGGCCGGCGGUUUCAUCCCCGACGGCUACGAGGAAGAGGAAGUGGAUGAUGAGGACGAGGACGAAGACGAUGACGACGUUGAUGACGAUGACGACGUUGAUGACGACGACGUUGAUGACGACAAAGAAGAUGAAUAA